AUGGUGCUACACGGAUUGCUUCCAAAGCCCCUCCCAGCAGACAUGCUUAUGGUCGGGCAACUCCUUACCCACCCACUUCACCCCGAACGCGAGAGCUUCUACUCGAACAAAGCGCACGAAGAAGUCGACGACCUCAACGAUUACCACAUCCAGCUGCGUUACAAAGAUUUGUACAGCAUCGAUCAGGAGGGACGAUUCCUCACAAACUAUGGCGCCAAAUUUGAGCUGGGAAGAAUAUACAGGCAGCCGAACCUGCUUACGGUCAAGGCCGAGCAGAUGAUCCAGCGCACAAGCCAGGAUCCUACAGCAGCCUUCCAAGCUGUGUGCGACGACCCAGAGGCGCGCACUUGGAUCUGUGAUAUAGUAAAAGCUGGCAAGCCCUUGUACAUUAUCUUGGGCAUCACGGAGCUAAAGAAUGCUGUCUUCAAGCGUGCGAAGCUCCAAGACUCGGGCGCUUCAAACCGCCUGAGUGAGCUACCGAUCGAGAAGGGCGCCAAAGUUCCAAAGUCGCUACAACGGACGGCGUCCUCAGAUUCGGGAUUGGGGGGUAUCGGCAGCGAGCCUCAGAUCUCAGGUGUAUUCGGCAUGGACGUCAGACGUGUCACAGCCAGGAUCACGACACCGGAAGAGCCUCACAGCUUGUCUGACCUGAACCAUCGAUGGUAUUACUACGACUUUCCAGGCAGCGAGUCCAAAGAGCAGCUCAUGAUUGGUCUGGGUGAACAGCUCAAGGCCAACGAGCUGCGUUUGAUGCUUGACUUGUCCGAAGACGAUGUCCAAGGCAGUCUGGAGGCAAUCAGCCAGCUGAGCCUCGAUGCGCUGAGCACGGCAGCUAGCCCCAUGCUGUGUCCCAGCUCUCCGGCUCUUCGAGGCCGCUCUCCUUCUCCCAACCCAUCACUCCUCCGUUCCCAACACUAA